AGCCAUAUUCGUCGUCAUUCUAUCCAAACAAGAUGCCAGGAAUCCUCGACUACGUCCAGUACAGCCUGGGCUGGCUCCUGUACUCAGUCCGCGGCCACGACGCGAAACACAUCGCCAACAGCGCCGCUUUCAAGGACGUCCCCGAACCGAACAUGACGCUGGAAGCUCCAGAGUAUGGUAUCUCCGGAUCUCCAUUGCUGAGCCAACACACCUGCAUGGCGGAACACGGCCAAGGCACCAUGCCGUCGUUGUGUUGGACGUCUCCGUCGUCUGGGAAAGGAGAGGAGAUUAAGGAACAGGUGCUGCUCUGCGAGGACCCCGAUCCACCUAUUCCGGGAAUGAUGAUCGAUCAUGGAAUUUACUACGGCAUCCCGCCUGAUGUGAGGAAGGCAGAACACGGUGAUAUCUCCAAUGUCAAUGGAUACGUUACUGGAGCAGGAUGGAAGUACAUUCCUACACUCCGUGGCACAUCUUGGAUCCCACCUGGCGCACCUUUGGGACAUGGCCCACACCGUUACGUGUUUACAGUCAUUGCGCUCAACGAAAAGCUAGCUUUGGACGGUGAGAGAGUCAAUAAGCAGAAGCUGAAGGACGCAAUGGUUGGCAAGGUAAUCGGAUGGGGACAGUGGGUUGGGGUCUUUGAGAGACCAUGGCCUCAAUGACUGGCAAGCUGGUGCGCGAGAGGGCUAUCCUUUUCCUACGGUUGCUAAGACAUUCUGCCAUGAGCAGAUCCGUGAUCGAUGUUCUUAAUUUGCAGUCUCUAACCAUUCUAUAAAACAAUGACAGCUUGUUUCCACUCAACAUGCAUGUUGAAACAUUUGAUAGUUAAUGAUGCAUAACAGGAAUCAUAGCUUGGAG